AUGUCUACCAUCGCCACCAAGACGUUUCCCAGCUUCAAGACCCUUUACAAGAACCUCACAAAGGAGCUCUUGACCAUCCAGAAUGCCAGUGGAAAGAUCCACGCCGCAAAGGACUUGGAGAAGCAACAGGCCAUGUUGCAGUACAAGAAAUUGACCUUGAUCAAGCAGGGCAAGGACUUCAAGGAGGUGGAUGCCAAGUUGAAGCAGCUUGCCUCAGGCGAGUUUGAGGAUGCCAAAGUGCUCGAACAGUCCGCCUUGCUCAAGCUGCUCGUGGAAGGUGACCAAACAUCCAAGGCUGACUUGAACCACAUGUCCAACGUUGUCACCUUCUUGAAGAGUCAAAGAACUUACACGGAGUUGAUCGAGAGAUACAACCCUGGAUUGAAGAUGAGCCAGGAGGAGAACGUCAGGAAGACUGCCAACAGAGUGGGGCUUUCUGUGCCAGAGUAG